AUGGAACCAUUCACUCUUGAUUAUUUAACGAAGGAAUCCGAUCAACUGGACGAAAUAAACAUGGACACGUCUAACAAAUCUCAACGCGAAUACGAACUUGUCGGUGUAUUAGUACACAUGGCACCGCAGAUUCAGGAUAUUACUAUUCCUUCAUCAAAGAACGCAAGCCAGCACCUGGCAAUCCGUCAACAGAAAGACGAUA